CUGGGCAGGUCUGGCUUUUCUAACCUGACAGAAGCCGUGUCAUAGCGUAGUUUUUUAGCGACCUUGCUGCUCUAGGGCCAGAGCACCUGACCCCCGGCGCAGUCUGGCGCUACUGGCUUCAAGGAACCGGGCUUCCCAGUGACGUCAUACCAGAAACUUCCGGUUCCCGCGUUUGGAGUUGCACUGUCACGUGCCGGGUCUUCCAGUGCUCGCUUGGCUCCUGCGGGCUUCUAAUCGAGGGGCUGGUCCUCUGGGAGGACCGAGCAGAAUCUUCAGCAGCCUUCAUCCCUGUUCAAAGAUCAAACUCCAUAAAACCAUCGAGUUUGUGCCUUAUAACACAGGAGACAAGCAGAAGAGAAAGAAAAGGCACUCAGCUAGCCGGUGUUGCCUAAGGAACUAGGUAAUUCUUCAGACAGUUGUCAUGGGUAUUCGAGGACUGAUGAGUUUUGUAGAAGAUCACAGUAAUGAGUUCUUCAUUGAUUUGAAGUUGCGAGACACAAAAAUUAUCAUUGAUGGCUAUGCUCUCUUCCACCGGCUUUGCUUCAAUUCAAACUUGGAGCUUCGGUAUGGAGGGGACUAUGAUUCUUUUGCAGAUGUUGUACAAAAAUUCUUCGAAUCACUGUUUGCUUGUAAUAUAUGUCCAUAUGUUGUAUUAGACGGAGGAUGUGACAUUUCAGAUAAAAAGCUUACAACUUUAAAGGACCGAGCUAGAGAGAAGAUCCAGAUGGCCCAUUCCCUUUCUGUUGGUGGGGGUGGAUAUGUCUGUCCCUUACUCAUCCGGGAAGUAUUCAUACAGGUUUUGAUCAAGCUGCAUGUAUGUUUUGUCCAGUGCUUUUCAGAAGCAGAUCGGGACAUUAUGACACUGGCUAAUCAUUGGAAUUGCCCCGUGUUAUCAUCAGAUAGUGACUUUUGCAUUUUUGACCUGAAAUCUGGGUUUUGCCCAUUGAAUAGCUUUCAGUGGAGAAAUAUGAACACUCUUAAGGGCACACGAGAGCACUAUAUCCCUGUGAAAUGCUUUUCCCUGGAUGCGCUCUGCCAUCACUUCAGCAGGAUGAAUAAAGCUCUACUACCUCUCUUUGCGGUGCUGUGUGGAAAUGACCACAUUAACCUGCCCAUCAUGGAGACAUUCUUAAGUAAAGUACGUCUUCCUCUUGGAGGCGCCAGUUCUAAGGGGAGGAGACACCACCGAGUUCUGGGACUUCUGAAUUGGUUGUCUCAAUUUGCUAACCCCACUGAAGCACUAGAUAACGUUCUCCAAUAUCUCCCCCAAAAGAAUCGAGAAAAUGUUAAGGAACUUCUCUGCUGUUCCAUGGAAGAAUACCAGCCAUCCCAGGUGAAGCUGCAGGACUUCUUCCAGUAUGGUGCUUACGCCUGUCCAGAUGCCUUGAACCUGGCUUUACCGGAAUGGGUACUGGUGGCUUUGGCCAAAGGUCAGCUAUCUCCUUUCAUCAGCGAUGCUUUGGUGCUAAGACGGACCAUUCUUCAGACACAGGUGGAAAACAUGCAGCAACCAAGUGCCCACAGAAUCUCUCUGCCCAUCCGGCAAACCAUCUAUGGGCUGCUUCUGAAUGCUUCUGCACAUCUAGAAAACACGUCCUGGAAUGCACUGCCUCUUCAGCGUCUAGCUUUCAGCGAAGUGGAAAGGAUUCAUAAAAAUAUCAAAACAUCAAUUGUUGAUGCGGUAGAAGUGCCCAAGGAUCAUUCGGACUUAAGCACAUUGACUGAGCUCUCCUUGGCUAGAAGGCAGAUACUUCUGUUAGAAACACUGAAGGUGAAGCAGGCCGUUCUGGACCCAAUCCCUCCUUCACUGAAGCUGCCCAUUGCUGUCAGUUGCUACUGGUUGCAGCACACAGAGGCCAAGGCAAAGCUACAUCAUCUACAGGCCUUACUGCUGGGGAUGCUGAUGGGGCCCUUGCAUGCCAUAAUCCACAGCCCUGAUAAGGAAGAUCUGCGGGAGGAUGGUGCUAAGAUGUUGUACGAAGAGUUCCAAAGAGUGAAGGAGCAGACGAGGCCAGGAACGAGACUGGAUUUAGACACAGCUCACAUCUUCUCUCAGUGGCAGUGCUGUCUGCAGAUGGGGGUGUAUCUCAACCAGCUGCUGUCCACGCCUCUCCCAGAGCCAGACCUAACUCGGUUGUACAGUGGAAGCCUGGUGCAUGGAUUAAGCCGACAACUGCUAACAACAACCUCUGCAGAAAGUCUCCUGAGCAUGUGUCCUCAGGCAAAGCAACUUUAUGACCAUCUGUUCAAUGCCACGAGGUCACAUGCCCCUGCUGAAUUAUUCCUACCAAAGGGUAAAUCAAACCCCCAAAAAAAGAGGCAAAAGAAACGCGGUACCAGCUGGUCAAAGAACAGACUGGGAGCCACCUCAGACACUAGAUGUUGGUAUGAGGGAAGCAAUCGGUUUGAGCUGUUAAUGGUUGAAAACUUGGAGGAACAUAUUGAGACCUCAGAGUUUGAAUAAACUCAGUCUGUAACCAGAUGUGUAAUUCUUACUUAAAAUUCUUCUGUCACCUCCCUUGAAAUGAUUAACUUUUUUCUUUAGAACUAACCUGUUAGGAGAUAAACAUUGCAAUAGGUAACCUUUGAAUUCCAAGUUAUUUUGUAUUUUGCUUUUAAUAAAUACAACCUGAUUUGAGAAACUUCUGUAUUUCUUAAACACAUUUGAAAGCAUGUUUGUACUUCUUGUUCCAUUUCAGUAAGUUAAUAAUAAUAGUCUAAAACCUUUAAAUUGCAGCAACUCAUCCAGCUAUGUUUUCAAAAGAACAGAAGUCCUACUUCAAUUAUUUCCUAUAAGCAGAAGCUGGGUUAUUAUUUCAAAAACAAUUUUUUUACAACUGUUUCCUCUUCAUCCUUUAUCAUGAAAGGUCUGGGCCUUAGAAGAUAGUAGUAAAGAUGCAGACAGAAAACUAUAAUACCUUUGAGAACUCAGUAAAUGAGACUGGCAGGGUUGAUGUGCACUUUAGAUAUGCUGCAGGUUUUAAAGCAUAAAUUGAAACUCUAAUGCCCCAACAAAAUAAGAAACAGCAUCCUGAGCUGCUAGAUCUAGAGGAGAAGGAAAAACUAAGAAGAAAUUAAAAUAUUAGAGAUAUUUGCAGCAAUAGCAGAAUCUAGGCCAUUUUUUUUAUACUGCAGGUUUUGACCCAUUUAUGGGAUGUGAGAUUAGUGAGUCAUAACCAGCAGUUUUUAAAAGGAAAAUAUCAGAUACGCAUAUAUUUUAGAUCUUUGUGCAAAAUGAACUUCUUACUGUGGAUUGCAGUCAAAAGACUAUGAAAGGCACUGCUCUGGAACACACUAGAGGCUGCUAAAAUUAUAAAUACCAAGAGAAUUGUGAAGGUGCUGGCCAGUUCCAAAUAAAGAAGUUAAAAAUAAAAAAGAAAGUGGAAUGAAUAUAUUUGGGUAAGAUCUGAAAGCAUAUUCUGACCUUCAUUUUAUUUGUAAUCAUACAAACUGUGUUCUUCCUUUCUUCUCUACUCCCUCACUAGUGUAUUCCACCAGUGAUAACCCUAAACGUGGUUUUAAGCUGCCAUUUUGACCAGGGCUAUGUUCAGUUCCUAACAUCUGGUAAACAAUUCUCUCCACUUUCCUAGAAGUACCAUACUCUUAGAGGAGUAAGCCCAGCUUUGGCCAGUGCUAAAUACACACCUCCCAAGUGUUGACUAGCUUUAGCCAUUUACAAAAGGUGAAAACACAAUCUCAUUUGCUCCAAAAGUUUUCAACCUUAAAGACUGCCUUCUGUUUCAAAUAAGAGUUCCUGAAAUAAGGAAAUUUUUGUUUAUUAUUUUAGGAGGAAUGAAUGGGGCCCUGUAGUAAGGUUGUUUUUAUGUCCCUAAAGAGAUGGUUAUUCUCAGAAGAAUCAAGAAAAGAGCAGUCAUAUGCAUCUAUUUUUGAGAAGAUAGGUAUCUUUCAAGCAAAUGGGGACUACAAGCACAUAAGACCUUUGUUUUAUCAAAAUUCUCUUUUCUUUGAUUCCUGGAGUUAGGGGCCAAUCUGGAAAUUAUACCAAUACGAGUGUCCUAUUUCCUGGCUCAUCAUCAACACUGCUUUUUAAAAUCACCAACCUUGCACGAAAAACCAUUCAUUCCCACUUCCUCUUGGGCAAAUAACUGGUUUGACAGGCACCAAACUGAAAAGUGUAUGGGCUACAGAGUUUAAUUAAAAGUCAACUGAAUUUUAUCAUUCAUCUUUUUCUUUCAUUAAAAGGAGUUUUUCAAGCAAAGUAGCCCUCCCUUCAGUAGACGUAACAAGUCGGGUUCCCUUCUCUAGCCAUUGCAAUCAGGGCCAUUCACUUGAAAUUACCCAGCCCUGCAGUAAAGGAGUUAAAAUCUCAUAAUGUCCAUUAACUUAUACUCUCUGUGAGAAUUCAGGAAAGUUACCUACCCCGGGAUAUAUCUUCUGUAUGUAUUAAAUGAGAGGUCACAAGCCCUCCACGAGGUAUCUGAAGGGGUUUACCAAAGAAAUAUGACACAGCACCUGACCCUCAAGUCAAACUUGUGUAAGGUGCUUGGGAGACACCACACAAUGAAUUAAGUGAACAAUUCAUGAAGUAAUCUGUCAGGUGCAAAAUGGCGCAGUGCAGACUGAAUGUUACAGUAAGAAGACAGUAAUUACUAGGAUGGUUUUUUUGUUGUUAGUGCCAUCAAACUGAUUCCGACUCCUAGCGACCCUGUGGACAGCAGAGUGGAACCCUGCGUGGUCUUUUUGCACCAUCCUCUCCCCUUCCAGCACUGUACCAGACAUGCUCCACUGCUUUUCAUAGGGUUUUCAUGGACGAUCUUUUCAGAAAUUGGCAGCCAGGUCCUUCUUCCUAGUCUGUCUAGUCUGGAAGCUCUGCUGAAACCUGCCUACCAAGGCUGAGCCUACUGGUAUGUGAAAAACUAGUGGCAUAGCUUUCAGCAUCACAGCAACAUGCAGCCACCCAGUAUGACAACCAACAGACGGGUGGUAUGAUUCCUGACCAGGCAACAACCGCAGGCUACAACAGUGAGAGCGCUGAAUCUUAACCACUAGACCACCAGGGCUGGCUUCGCCAGGAUGAGGAGAGGUUAAAUCAGAGGAUUCUCAGAUCUGGAUUUUGAGCUUGGCUGUAAGAGACAGGGAUGUAAUUCAGAUGAGGUAGAGGAGGCAGUGGAAGCACCUGUGUAGAAGCAGAAUGCAGUAUGUCCUGUAUUCCUUUUGGAAAAACUGUUUCCUAUGUUUUCA